AUGAUCAAAGCAACAUCACAACAUGACGGGUACAGAGUUGGUCUCUUGUCAUUCCUUAAUUAUCUCUUAAAUCCAAUACAUGUCCUAUAUCUGUUCGUGUCUAUCACUCAGCAAUCGUGGUUUGUUUUUCUCUUUUUUCUUUCUUUCUUUCAUUAUUUCUUUUUUUCCAGUUUUCUUUCUAUCUUUUUUCAUUUAUUAUUGAGUUUCCUUUCAUUCUUUCUUUCUUUUCUUUUAUAUCUAUCUAUCUAUCUAUCUAUCUAUCUAUCUAUCUAUCUAUUUAUCUAUCUCACUAUGCUCCUGUCUAUCUCAGUCUGUUCCUAUCAAUCUCAGUCCGUUCAUAUCUAUCUAUCUAUCUAUCUGAAGCGAUUCAUAUCUAUCUAUCUAUCUAUCUAUCUAUGUUUUCUUACUUUCUUUCUUUCAUUGUUAUCUUUCCAAUCUCAAUAUGCUAAUAUCUAUCUAUCUAUCUAUCUAUCUAUCUAUCUCAGUCUGUUCAUAUCUAUCUCAGUCUGCCUCUCUCUCUCUCUCUAUGAUCAUCUGUGUCGAUUUCCCAUUGUGUUCAUAUCUAUCUAUCUAUCUAUCUAUGUAGAUCAUUUCAUAUCUAUCUAUCUAUCUAUCUAUCUAUCUAUCUAUCUAUCUAUCCUCUCUCUUUCUCUCUCUGCCUCUCCUUGUCUCCCUGUCUCUCCCACGCACUAA